CUCUGCCGCCGACUUAAACUUUGAAGGGGGAAAAAAAGAGCCACCGCGCUGUGCGACCCUCCCUUGCCCCUCACCCGCCCCGCCUCCGGUAACGCUCCCUUCGCCGCCCCUGACCCAACUUUUCUCCAGCUUUCGCGACCUGUGAGAGUCUCUUCUUUCAGCCCUGGCCCUGGGGACCCCUCUCUCCCCAUCCCGGAGCUAAAGCCAGUCGGGUCCCUAUGCUCCGCUAGGUCCCUGACCAGAGACUUUCUACCCACACGGCAGAGCAUCCUCGGGCCCGCUCUGAAUUUGAGCCUGCCGUCAAACCCACUGGAUCCUGGGAUCCCCCUGCUCCGUUUUCAACCUUCUUUCUCCCAGGGGCCUUGGAUCGUGGGGGUCUUUUGAUUCCAGGGACCCUGCCCUACCCGAUUUUCUUUUCUGGUUUCUUGCAGUCUUCGAUCUCUGGGUACCCUCCAAACCACUACUUUUCUUUCUGAUCUGUGCUCCCUUGACUCCGGGCGUGUGGCCCACUAGAUUCCUUUUCUCUCAUUGCCCAGGAUCCCGCCAUCCUUCAGUCCCUCAACCUGACAGAUUUCUCUCUCAAAUGCCUGCGGUUUUACCACCACCGCACGAGAGCGCUCGGAUCUAAGUCCCAGGUUCCUCAGCGAGCUCCGGGCUGCAGGUCGGGGUCUAGCCCCCAUGGCCGCCGCCCCCUCCCAUCCCGCCGGAGUCCCGGGUUCUCCGGUGCCCGGGUCUCCUCCGCCCCCCGGUGGCUUGGAGCUCCAGGCGCCGCCACCUCUGCUGCCUCAGAUCCCGACCCCGGGCCCGGGGGUCUCCUUCCAUAUCCAGAUCGGAUUGACCCGGGAGUUCGUGCUGCUGCCGGCAGCCUCCGAGUUAGCUCACGUGAAGCAACUAGCCUGUUCUAUCGUGGACCAAAAGUUCCCGGAGUGUGGCUUCUAUGGCCUGUACGACAAGAUCCUGCUCUUCAAACAUGACCCCACGUCGGCCAACCUCCUGCAGCUGGUGCGAUCAGCUGCAGAUAUCCAGGAGGGCGACCUGGUGGAGGUGGUUCUGUCGGCCUCGGCCACCUUCGAGGACUUCCAGAUCCGUCCACACGCUCUCACUGUGCACUCGUACCGUGCUCCCGCCUUCUGCGACCACUGUGGGGAGAUGCUGUUCGGUCUUGUGCGCCAGGGCCUCAAGUGCGAUGGCUGCGGGCUGAAUUACCACAAACGCUGUGCCUUCAGCAUCCCGAACAACUGCAGCGGUGCUCGCAAGCGCCGCCUGUCAUCCACGUCUCUGGCCAGUGGCCAUUCUGUGCGCCUAGGCAGCUCCGAGUCCCUACCCUGCACCGCUGAGGAGCUGAGCCGUAGCACCACCGACCUCCUUCCUCGCAGACCGCCCUCGUCGUCCUCCUCCUCCUCUUCCUCUUCCUUCUACACAGGCCGUCCCAUUGAGCUGGACAAGAUGCUGAUGUCCAAGGUUAAGGUGCCACACACCUUCCUUAUACACAGCUACACACGGCCCACCGUUUGCCAGGCCUGCAAGAAGCUGCUCAAGGGUCUAUUCCGCCAGGGCCUGCAGUGCAAAGACUGCAAGUUUAACUGUCACAAACGAUGUGCUACCCGUGUCCCUAACGACUGUCUGGGGGAGGCACUCAUCAAUGGAGACGUGCCAAUGGAGGAGGCCGCCGAUUACAGUGAGUCCGACAAGAGCUCCCUCUCAGAUGAUCUGGAUGACUCCGGUGUCAUCCCAGGCUCCCACUCAGAGAAUGCUCUCCAUGCCAGCGAGGAAGAGGAAGGCGAGGGAGGCAAGGCCCAGAGCUCGCUGGGAUAUAUCCCCCUGAUGCGGGUGGUACAGUCUGUGAGACACACGACCCGGAAAUCGAGCACCACCCUGCGGGAGGGCUGGGUGGUCCAUUACAGCAACAAGGACACACUGAGGAAGCGGCAUUAUUGGCGCCUAGACUGCAAAUGUAUCACCCUCUUCCAGAACAACACGACCAACAGAUACUACAAGCAAAUCCUAGAUUUGAGCCUGCAUUCAAUAUUGUUCAGAAUACUGAGGUGGCGGUGGUGUGGACACACAGUGGGGGAGCUGACGUCAUCCUCCCUCACAGCCUUCGCCUGGUCACCUUUGCAGGUGAAGCUGUGUGACUUCGGCUUCGCUCGCAUCAUUGGUGAGAAGUCCUUCCGGCGCUCAGUGGUGGGCACCCCCGCCUACCUGGCCCCCGAGGUACUGCUCAACCAGGGUUACAACCGCUCCUUGGACAUGUGGUCCGUGGGCGUGAUCAUGUACGUCAGCCUCAGUGGCACGUUCCCCUUUAAUGAGGACGAGGACAUCAAUGACCAGAUCCAGAACGCAGCUUUUAUGUACCCAGCCAGCCCCUGGAGCCAGAUCUCAUCUGGAGCCAUCGACCUCAUCAACAACCUGUUGCAGGUGAAGAUGCGCAAGCGCUACAGCGUGGACAAGUCUCUCAGCCACCCCUGGUUACAGGAGUACCAGACAUGGCUUGACCUCCGAGAGCUGGAGGGAAAGAUGGGCGAGCGAUAUAUCACGCAUGAGAGUGACGACGCACGCUGGGAUCAGUUUGUGACCGAGCGCCUUGACACAUCUGCAGAAGGGGACCUGGGUGGCGCCCGUCUGCCGCAGGACCAUGAGAUGCAGGGACUGGCUGAGCGGAUCAGCAUCCUCUGAGGCCAGCGUUUCCCCCUGGGCUGCUUCCUUUGGAAUCCUGCACACCAUCCCCAAAGCGAACUAUUCUAGGGAAGCGGCUUCCUGCAUAGACUGAACAGGAAAAUAUGCAGGGGGACUGGAGAACGGGGCACCAGUCACUAGAGCUUUCUGUCUUUCCAGGCACUGAAAUAGGCUCUUCUAGAGCCAUGGUCUUAGUCUCUGACGCCACCGCCCUAGGCUGUUGCCCACCAGAACGACUGUAUGUAGAGGAGGCGCCAAGGCUGGAGGGAUGAGUCUGUAGGUAAAGCGCUUGCCACCAAGCCUGACAACCUGGGUUUGAUUCCUGGGACUCACCUGAUUGAAGGAGAGAAUCGACUCCUGCUGGUUGCCCUCUGACCACCACAAGUGCCCACACAAACACACACCAUAAAUAAAUGUACUUUUUAAAAAAAACGAGGCUCCCACUGGCCACGGUGAUGCG